AUGAGCGGUUCCGCUUCAAUUAGGGCACGGUGUUUCUACAGGCUCAGACAUACCGCUCAUCAAAGCUUGCAUGCUUCUACUUUGAGCUCGAGCGAUUCCAAAUUACUAAUAGUUCAGGGAUAUUAUCAACAAGGUGGAUACCCCCCUCAACAGGGUGGAUACCCUCCUCAGCAAGGAGGAUACCAACAACCUCCACAAGGCUACUACCAGCCCCAACAGCAACCUAUGUACGUGCAGCAACAGCCCCCAAAGCAGAGGGACAACGGAUGUGGAUGUUACGGAGGUUGCUUGGCUGCUUUGUUGGCUUGCUUCUGUCUCGAAGAGUGUUGUGGAGGUCCAUGA